UUAUGUACAUGUAUAAUCUCGCGGGUACGAUAUCAGACAGUCACGUGGUUAUUUCACCCUUCUGAAACCGAAAGUUGUUUGUUAAUUUUACAUUUUACGUUAAAUAUUGUGUUUUGUUUAUAUUUUUACGUCAGAAAAGGACCUAUAUUUUCUCCGAAAAAAAAAAAUGAGUGACGAGUCGAAAGAAAGUGACAGUUCCGACUCCAGUGAUCUAUCAGAAACUGAAGGUAGGGAUGCUGAUAGUGAUGGUCUGAAACCAAGAAAGUACCAGCUAGAAUUGGCAGAAAAUGCUUUAAUGGGAAAUAAUACCAUCAUCUGUUCAGGCACCGGAUCCGGUAAAACACUCGUAGCGUGGCAUAUAAUAAAGAAACAUUUAGAGGGAGCACCAAAAGGUGAAAGGAAAGUUGUUUUUAUGGCGAGAACAGGUGCCCUUAUAAAGCAGCAAGCAGAAAACUGUAAACAGUGCCUACAACAGUACGAGACGCGACUUAUUACUGGCGACGAGGAUAGGACCAAAUCAAUUAAUAUGUUCAUGCAACACUACGAUAUUCUAUGCUUUACUCCUCAAAUACUGGUGAACAGUCUGGAUGACGAACUGAUAGAAAGCCUCUCAGUAUUUUCUUUGUUGGUACUAGAUGAAUGCCAUAACACAAGAGGAAACGAACCAUAUGCCAUGCUUAUGAGAAAAUAUUUGACUGAAAAAAAUAAUGGGAAAAAGAAACUACCACAGAUAGUUGGAUUGACGGCUUCAGUAGGUGUAGGGAAGGCUCGCACAAUUAAAGAAGCAGAAGAAUAUAUUCUGAGGCUGUGUGCAUGUUUAGAUGUUUGCCACCUUUCUACAGUUAAAAAGAACGAAAAGGGUUACAGGAAACACAUCAAAGAAUGUACAGAAGAAAUAAUACGUUUGGAGAAACGGACGACAGACCCGGCCAGAGGUAUACUUCUGUCUGCGAUGAAAAAAACUGAGGACAUGCUAGAAGGAAAUGGUCUCAUGCAGCCAGAGAUAUGUGACCUGAUUUCGGAGAAACACCCAAAUGACAAGGAGUCUCAGGAAUAUAAUAAAUGGACGGUCGAAAUUAUGAAGGCGGCGCAGUUAAAGGUUGAUGAUUAUGGCAUAUCAAGAGACAUAAGUUCCUGUGCAAAGUAUCUAAACAUAUACAACUCGGCCCUUGAAGUUAACAAACUGUUACGAAUAAAUGAUAUUAUAAGGUAUUUAGCCGAGAAACACAAGCAAGAAGGAGAACACAAGAAUAAAUUAACAGAUAUGGAGACACAACUGUACGAUAACCUUAUAGGCGUACAGAAAACAUUGAAAGCAGAGAUUAAAUGCACAGAAAAUCCGAAUGUGCGGAUAUUGAGCAAAACUCUUCGCACAAUGUUUGCUGAAAAGGGAGCUGAAUCAAGAGCAAUGAUUUUCGUGAAGACUAGAGCAACUUGCAGGGCUCUUGCGACAUAUUUAGACGAGGAUCUUCAAGAGAAUGGAAUUAAAGUGAGUCCUCUUUACGGCAAGGAAGAUCGUGCAGGAGACGAAGGUAUGACGGAAAAUGUACAGACAGAUAUCCUUAAACGAUUUCGUGAAGGUAUAUACAAAGUACUUGUUUGUACAGCAGUUGGAAACGAAGGUAUAGAUGUACCAGACUGUAACAUUGUUCUCAGCUACGAGUACUCUGGUGACGAAAUCACGAAAGUACAAAUGAAAGGUCGAGCACGUCAGAUGGAUGCAACUGCAGUUACAAUGGGUAGUGACAAAAUUUUGGAACAAGAGAGGAUCAAUGCUUAUAAAGCCUUAAUGAUGUCUCGUGCACUGGAUGAAGUUUGCAAAUUGGACCCAAAGCAAAUAGCACAGAAAAUAGUGCCGUUUCAAAAGGAAGAAAUACAUAAUUAUCUGUCUAAAAAAGAAGCGAACAAAUAUAUCAAUAGCAAAAAAUCUUCUGAAGAUGCGUAUGAAAUUCUGUGUGGGAGAUGUAAUACAUUUGUGUGCGACAUUUCUGAUGUUAGACAGAUGGGUCAUGACCGCAUUGUUACUGACAAAACAUUUGAGAAGAGAAUAAAUAAGAAAGAACAUAAAAGGCCAAAAACAUACAACGGGAUAUUUAAAAAGUAUAAGAUGUAUUGCAAGAAAUGCCCUCUAGAUUGGGGUAUAAUAGGAAUCAAAGACGGUUUAGAUUGUAUGACGCUGAAAAUCAUAAACCUCAAAUUCAAGAAUCUGCGCACAGGACUUGCAAGCGUAUACAAGAAUUGGAAUGAAAUGCCAUAUGACGUAAAAAAAAUUGAUGUCGCCGACCUGCCAGAUUUACUCAAUGAACGGAACGAUCGAACAGAAACACAGAGCCUGUCCUUAGAAGAGAGUACUGAACAUAAAAACAGAAACGAUAGUGACAUGGUAACAUCAGUUAGAACAGGGGAUUUCAGUACAAAACAUGUUGAAACAGACGCGGAAACAGAAGGUGCUUCUGUUGAAGAAUUCACCUCCACAAAUGAUGACGAAACCACAAUUAGAGUCGGACGCGCAAAAGAAACAGACGCUAGCACUGAACAGAGUUUACAAAUCGAAAGUACGAAAUGUCCUGAAAAAGAGACCAGGAAACGUAAACUGACUGCGGACACCAGUGAGGAACCGAACAAAGGCUCGAAGUCAAGAAAAAACACGGCGGCAUCUAUAGAGAAUAUCGAGCGGAAUGUCUCUUGUAGUGUUGUACAACAAGAUAUGAAUACUAAAAUGCAGAUGGAGAUUUCCAACACAACAGAAAGCAAACUUACAGAUGUUCAAACAAACGAUUAUAUGACAUCAUCAUCUUUGACACGUGAGAGUAGCAUAGGACACCCUUUGAAGAAAAGCCAAGACGAUACUUUCACUAAAAGAAUGCUUGACAGUUUAUCAGAGCAAAUGAUAUCAGUUGGCAUCCUGGUAUCCAGACCACGAGAUAUGGGAACUGUCUUUAGAGUGGGAAGCAAGUACCUGAUGACAGCAUUUCACGUUGUUAAAGAUGUAGUUGGUGCGUGUCUUUACCAUAUUGCUUUACAAAUAUUCAUGAUAUACCAAAUAGUCGUGGUAUAUCAACUCUAGAACUCUAGCUAGCUUUAACGAUACAGAUUUAUUGUUGAU